GAAACAUCCAUCAAACGGCCUAAUGGAUGCAGCACUUUUCUCACACUCAUGACAGAAGACUGACGCCCAGAACCUGACCAAAAGCCGCCAAUAUGCCUGCAGGCAACUCCGACGACGCUCUCCUGGCGCGCCUCAACGCGCUAAAGACAUCCAGCGUGUCGCUGUCUACCGCGCCUCCACCGGCUGAAUCCGAGCCGGAUAUUGUUCACGAGAUGGGCCUUCAUUCCUCGUCCAACGAACCUGAGGGCGAUCCAAUUUUGGACCUGGCUGCGCGCUUUAAGCGUCUGAACAAUAAUAGCGGGGCCAGUUCGGCAGCACCUGGCACGGAGCCUGUAGAAAUACAGGCGUCUAAUGGUGAGGAGAAGAGUUUGGAGCAACUACUUAAGGAGUUGGGCGGCGAUGAGUGGGAUAUUGGCAAGCAUGAGGAGAAGGACGUGGGGACGCUGGUACGGGAGGUUCGAAAGGUCCUUCCGGAUGUCAAACCUGGGUCAGAGCAAGAGAAUCAGAAGAAUCCUGAUGUUGGCAGAGAGGGUAUCCGGGAAGACAAGGCGCAGGACCCGGGGGACAGUGGGGACGACAGUGAACUCGAUGAUCAAGAGGCGGACGAGUACAUCGCCCAGGUCCUUGCAGAGCUAGACAUCAACGCAAAGUGCGGCGAGGCAGACGGAGAAUGCGAGGAAGCGGAAGCUACAAAUUCCCGGAAAUCAAACGAGGGGGAGGACAAUUCGACUGCUCCCGAAUCUCGCGUUCCGAUUUCUUCAGCCGAUGACCGAGGAUCGAGGCAAGACAUCACGGAGGAGUCCACAUUAUCACUUCCUGCCGCACCGACCACGCUUCCAACAUCACCUAGCCAGGAGGACGAUUUUGACAAAGCUACCGCCGUAGACGAUGCCCUAACAGCACGUCUGGCGGCGUUAUCCGACACCCCUGGCCUCCCGUCCGCGCCCUCAUUCGCACCAGCUAAGAAGCCGCCCGUCAAGGUCGGAAAAGCCUCCAAGUUCACUGACGAAGAAAUCGACAGCUGGUGCAUCAUAUGCUACGAUGAUGCUACUGUCAGGUGUCUGGGCUGUGACGGAGAUUUGUAUUGCCAGGGCUGCUGGAAUGAAGGGCACCGCGGCGAAUCUGCAGGUUAUGAAGAGAAGAUGCACAAGGCCGUGCAGUUUGUGAAAGGCGGCGGCAAAAGGAAAAGCUUAGUCGGAGCUGGCUGAAGGUCCGAAUUGCAAAUGAUGCAGGAUGGCUCUCAUCAAGAUUUUGAAGCGUUUGUGCCUUCGCCGGAUAUCCAGUACCCGGGUCAGUGCACUAUAUAGCUAGCAUGCCAUGAUUGGUUGGCUCAAGCCACAUUUGCGAGGUUAAUACCGGAGCUAUCUCCAAGAUGGUUAUUCCCGACUCUAAUUGGACGAAAAUUUACUUGAUUCAUCUCAGGAG